AUAGUACCCGAUUAAGCGGCCUGAUAUGCAGUGACGGUUCAAUUAUGUGACUUUUGAAGAUCAAACAAUAGGCACUAGGACCCAGAGAUCCAUGUAAGAGGGCAAAACCGAGCUGGCAGGAGCAAAGGAAUGAGCAAAACGCAGGACCGGCAGGACAGGAGUAAGAGAGUCGGGAAUGCUCAGACAGGCGGAUAGGACGAGAGAGAGACGAGAGAGAGAUGAGGGAGAGAUGAGGGAUCAGGGUGGCUGCAGAGAGACAAAGUGACAGAUCGAGAUUCACAAGCAGAUAAGCAACAGGAGGAGGAGUGAAGGGAUGAAAGGAGGUGGGGCCUGAGCUACUCUGGAGCUUAAAAACAGGAGAGCGCGAAAGGGAACCUUCAUAACACGGAGUGAACGUGGAGUAAACCGAAGACGCUCCUUCAGGAGGAAUAAAUCAGCAUCACACGAGGGCCUAUGGAGCAGAAAGGAACCGAGCAAGCAAAGUCACAGAGGGACUGUAAGGUUAGUGAGAGAGCAGAGAGUAACUAAGAGAGGCGAUCCCACCCACUGAGCAAGUGUACACACACACACACACACACACACACACACACACAGGCUUUAUCACAGGCAGUCACGCUGUAACAGAACCGUGUAGCUGCCUAAUCAUCACACAAAAGCUUCAACGGUGCCACACAUGCUGUAUUUACAGAAUACAGGCACAAGGACGUUUAAUUCAACCUGAGAAUGUUUAGACUGUAGCAAGAAGGCAUACAGAGUCUUGGAUGACACAGGGGCAAGACUGAGCUUGGAGGGGAAAAAAGAGUGACGUUAGGCUUCGCAUAGCUUAAGAUAAAUAUCCCUGAUCUCCAGAACUGAACCCCAUAAAGAGAUUUUUCCUUUUUUUUUUUUCUUCUCCUCACUUAAAACCAUCUCAGUACUAUUUCUUCAUGAGAAGCAUCAACCCUUUGAGGAACUGAGGAUCUUCACAUCAGCUACAUCCAUUUGAGGAACUGAUUCUGGAGAACACUACUGUACAAGAAGCUCAAAGAUCACUCUUUCACCUUCCCAGGAGUGGGAUGGGACCCGAACAUUGAGGAUCCGUGAGAAAUCACCGUCCUCUUACCCUGCACCAUGUUGCCCUGGAAUGGGCCAAAAGGGCCGCUCCUGCCCCUGGUCCUGAGCCUCCUACUCACCACCUGCGCUGGACAGGACAGCCUGGAGGAUCUCGAACUAGAAGACGAGAGCAACUCCGUGAGCACAGAGAGUCCUGAGACCAUGUCUUCAGAUAUGGACAUAGUCGACCCUCACAGGACGUGGAUAGCCUUCAGGGAUAACUCAAACAAAGGGGGAAACAAGAAGCCCAAAACAAAUAAAAGAAUCUCAAAGCACGGCCUGCCUGGUCCUCCAGGCCCUCCCGGACCCCAGGGGCCUCCUGGUCCUCCUGGGCCGUUGAUACCCAACCAGGACGAGAUAUUGGAGGACCUCCAGCUAAAGCUGAAAGAGAUGGUGGGCAGCCAGUGUGUGCUCUGUGAACAGCCCCCUCGUGUGGCCACAGCCUUCCACAGCCACCUGCACCGCAAUCUGCUGGUCCAGAGACGGAGCCUGCAGGAGCUCCAGCCUUUCAGCAGCCCUUCAGACGUAGAGCAGUUUCACCAGAGAGGCCAAGGCUUCAACGCCAGCAGCGGACGAUACACCGCUCCGGUGUCAGGGUUCUACCAGCUCACAGCCAGCCUGGUGCUGGAAUCUAGUGAGACGCAGAAAAGGACGCAGGCGCGACAGAAGGACAGCGUGAAGGCCUCCAUAUGCAUCGAGUCUCUGUGUCAGAGCAACAUGUCUCUGGAGACGGUAACAGGCCUGAAUCCCGCAGGAGGAGUGUUCAGCAUUCUGCUGACAGGAACCUUAUACCUGCAGGCUGGAGAAUACGUAUCUAUUCUAAUUGACAACGGAACAGGAUCGGCGCUAACUGUUCUCCAAGACAGCUUAUUUUCUGGAAUCCUUCUUGGAGUAUAAGACCUCAAAGACACACACUCACAUACACAUACACACACACACACACACAGUCAGAAAGCGAGAGACACACACACAAAAGGCACAUAGACACCUGUGACUAACAGGAACACCUGUACACCUGCUUAUUCAUGUAGCAGUAGAUAAACCCGUGUAGAUACGAGACGACAGAUCAGGUUCAUACUCACGUUAAACAUUACUGUGACGUCAGAACCAUUUCCCUCACACUCUAGAGUUUACAGAGAACAGUGUGAACCACCUUGUCGAGAGAGAUCAGAGGAGAACGAGCUGAUGGGAAGUGUGUAUACAGUAGUAACUAAAAUACGCACUCGUUACAAGACCACUCAGCCCACACAACACCUCUAACCAUGGAGUGGAUGAACAGCUGAAGAACAAGAACACCACACCGGGUUCUACUCCACUCGGUCUGAUAGACGUGAUGAUCUUCAGCUGCAUCCAUGAUGGCCUCAGGUUCCUGUUCUUGGGAUUGUAUGAGUUACUAUAGACUCAAAACAUACAAAUCUAGACUGAAAACUGUUAUCGUGUGUGGGGGGAAAAAUAAGACCAUCUGGCAUCCAUCCAUGCCACGGUUAGUAAACUGAACCUCCUGAGUGGCAUCUGUACGAUUUUAUGCCCCGUGCUGCUGCCACAUGAUCGUCUGUUUAGAAAACUGCAUGAAGGCAGAGUUGUAGAGGUGUUUGUAAUAAAGCAGGUAAUGAGUGUACACACACAGAGAGAGAGAGGGAAACACAUACACACACAUACAGUAUACACACACACACACACACACACACCACUAACUCCAAACAUCUACCUGUCUUCCCAGGCCAGUUCUCUCUCUACAUAUUUCUUCGCUUGUAAUUCAGGAAUCAUAUCAGCAGUAAUAAUUCUACCGUUUCCUCACAUAUCUACGCCAAGACGCUGUAGCAUCUAAGACAUUUUCACCUUGACAGUGAGAUACUUACACGACUUUGACACAUUUAAUCGUCUGUCCAUAGAGAUGUAUGUAUUUUUUCAUGCGCCGUGUUUAUACGCUACAGCCGUCCACUGAAACGGAUAAAGAAAUUAUAUACGUAUUUAUUUAGCAUUUUUUGAAAAAAGUGUGAAAGUUGUCUUAAGAAUGUCUUAAUAAAAAUCUUGAACGUCAGACUGACGCGUCUUCAUUUGCAGGAGUGACGAUGCGUUUUAUAUUUCAGUUUAUCGACAGACAGUUUCGAUUAAACCUUAAGGAAUGAGCUACAGAAUAAGAUCUGAGUAAAGAUUAGAUCUGAAGUGAAGCGACACACACACUAACACACACACACUAACACACACACAAUACUGCUCGAGCGGUGUGUGUGUGUAUAACUCGUGUGUGUGUGUGGAGAACCCUGAGGAAACAGACACAAGGAGAACAAACCAUAUGCUGAGAUCAGAAUCACAGCAACAGGAACCCUGGAGGAACCUUGUGUGGAACCAAAGACACCUUUUCAUCAGUUCUUACACUUAACACCGACUAGGUUUAUUAGCGCUGUUGAUUAGAGUCAAGUGAUAUAACAAUAUAAUAAACUCACAAACUGA